AUGAAGUGCAUGACCUGCGUUGGCCUCGUGGCCGCCUUAUCAGGCGUCACCAGUGCCUCGUUCUACGACAACCCGCCCGUCGAGCAACCACCUCAAGGCGGCAGUCCGCUCGAAGAAUUGCAAGCCAAAUGGAGCAGUGACUGGGCGUUCACUGGCAUUUCUACCUUUGCGCACCUACCUCACCAAAAAUGCCUCACCACCCCCUCCUUUCCAUUUGACAUCGCCAUCCUCGGCGCACCCUUCGACACCGCCGUCUCCUACCGUCCCGGCGCCCGCUUCGGUCCACGCGCUAUCCGCGCUGCCUCCGCUCGCCAAGCACCCUACCGUUCCUUCAACCACCGCGCGGGCCUCAACCCGUACACCUCUUGGGCCUCCGUCGUCGACUGCGGGGACAUCCCUGUCACGCCAUUCGACAAUGCCUUGGCCCUGUACCAGAUGGAGAGCGCCUACACUGAGCUCCUCGCCCGCCCACCACCCAGCGCUGCCACGACGACCAAAGUCGCCCUGUCCCCAUGGCAGCACCCCCGCAUCAUCUCCCUAGGCGGUGACCACAGCAUCGCUCUCGCUGCUCUUCGCGCCCUGCACCGCAUCCACAAAUCCCCGAUCGCAGUCCUGCACUUCGACGCCCAUCUCGACACCUGGCACCCCGGCGCUUACCCCUCCGUGUGGGCGAAGACACCAGGGUCGCAAUCGGACUUCACGCACGGCACCAUGUUCUGGCUUGCCUCUCAAGAAGGCUUGAUCAAGCACAACAGCUCUGUGCACGCUGGUCUGCGAACGCGGCUGGGUGGGGAGAGUUUCGGAGACUAUGACGUCGACACAGAUCAGGGCUUCUACCGAAUCGAGGCAGACGACAUCGAUGACUUGCGACCCGAUGGGAUAGCCAAAUUGAUCAUGCAGCGCAUCGGCACGGAAAUCCCCGUGUACCUAUCUGUGGACAUCGACGUCAUCGACCCGGGCCUCGCACCCGGAACAGGGACGCCAGAGCCCGGCGGCUGGACGACUCGCGAACUGAUUCGCAUCCUGCGCGGAAUCGAGGGACUGAACGUCGUGGGCGCGGAUGUGGUUGAGGUGGCUCCGAGUUAUGAUGGGAGAGGGGAGGAGACGGCGCUGGCGGCGGCGCAGGUUGUUUAUGAGAUUGUGACUAGUGUGGUUAAGAGGGGGGUCAAGGAGAGGGGAGGGGAUGUUAAGUACACGCCGGGCAGGGAGUGGUUGGGUGGUGGCGCGGAGAAGGAGAGUGCCGGGGGUUUGCUUGCAAAGACGGUUGAGGAGGUCAAGCAGAAGGUGUUGGGAGAGGGCGAAGCGGUGAAGGACGAGCUGUGA